GUACCAGUCUAGUUGGCAGCUCCCCAGCUUCAUUGCUACAAAUUGUCAAGUUUUAGUAUUAUAAAUACGGACUAAUAUACGGAGCAGAAAAUGAUGUUGCUGAAAUCACUGCGAAGCUCGGGCACAUCUCGCUCUGUGCUGCUUUUGCGGUGCGCUGGCUCGUUGAGAAAUGCAAUUAAAUUUGAUUACGAUUUGGUAGUGCUGGGCGGUGGCUCCGGCGGUCUAGCCUGCGCCAAGGAGGCCGUCGCGUAUGGCGCACGUGUUCUAUGUCUCGACUAUGUGAAGCCUACGCCCGCUGGUACCAAGUGGGGCGUGGGCGGCACCUGUGUAAAUGUGGGUUGCAUACCCAAGAAGCUGAUGCAUCAGGCCUCUCUGCUAGGCGAAGCCGUGCACGAGGCCGUCGCCUAUGGCUGGAAUGUCGACGACCGUGACAUUAAGCCUGACUGGAAGAAGCUGGUCAAGGUCGUGCAGAACCACAUCAAGUCCGUCAACUGGGUGACCCGCGUGGACUUGCGCGACAAAAAAGUGGAGUAUGUGAACUCCAUAGGUAGCUUUGUGGAUCCCCACACCAUUCAGUACAAAACGAAGCAAGGAGAGCUGAAGCAGCUGACUGCUCAGUACGUGGUGAUCGCAGUGGGCGGCCGACCACGAUACCCGCCCAUAAAGGGGGCCUUCGAGCUCGGCAUCACCAGCGACGACAUAUUCAGCUACGAGAAGGAGCCAGGCCGCACCUUAGUCGUCGGCGCUGGCUACGUGGGCCUCGAGUGCGCCUGCUUCCUGAAGGGUCUUGGCUACGAUCCCACAGUCAUGGUGCGCUCGAUCGUGCUGCGCGGUUUCGAUCGGCAAAUGUCCGAGUUCCUGGCAGCCAUGAUGACGGAGCGCGGCAUACGCUUCCUGAAUACCACCAUUCCUAUGGGGGUGGACCGCACGCCCGAAGGCAAGCUGCUUGUUCAGUAUCGCAACACGACGACCCAGACGGAUGAGAGCGACGUCUUUGAUACGGUCCUGUGGGCAAUUGGACGAAAGGGUCUAAUCGGGGACCUCAACCUUGGCGCUGCUGGUGUGCAGACCUACAACGACAAGGUCAUUGUCGAUCACACAGAGGCCACCAAUGUGCCCCACAUCUUUGCCGUGGGCGACAUCAUCUACGGCCGGCCAGAGCUGACUCCAGUAGCUAUUCUAGCUGGUCGCCUGCUGGCGCGACGCCUCUUCGCUGGCUCGACACAGCUGAUGGACUACACUGAUGUGGCCACCACUGUAUUCACACCACUGGAGUACUCCUGCGUGGGCAUGUCCGAGGAGAUGGCUAUCGAGAGGCUGGGUGCUGAUAAUAUAGAGGUGUUUCACGGAUACUACAAGCCCACCGAAUUCUUCAUACCGCAGAAGAGUUUUCGCCACUGCUACCUCAAGGUGGUGGCCGAGCUGUCUGGCGACCAGAAGAUUCUCGGACUGCACUACAUUGGGCCCGUGGCUGGGGAGGUUAUUCAGGGAUUUGCCGCCGCUCUGAAGUCUGGCCUGACUGUUAAGACGCUGCUUAACACUGUCGGCAUUCAUCCCACAACCGCAGAAGAGUUCACUCGGCUAUCGGUGACUAAACGUUCUGGUGUAGAUCCAACACCAGCUUCGUGUUGUAGUUAAAUGUACUAGUUAUGUUUUUGAAAUACACAAGUCUUAUUAUACGUUUGGCAAACUAUUUUAAGAAA